AUGGCGGCUCUGGUAGCUUCAUGUGAGCCAGGCUCAGCGUUUGUCAUCUAUAAUGGAGAUGUGAGUGGAUUCGCUGGGGCAGCUGAACAGUUCCGACGUUGUUUCACUAAACUUAGAACUCUUCGAAACUCAGACUGUACCAGUGUUAAAACUGAACUAAAUCUACUGUUAGACCUGCUCAUCUCCCAAAAUUACUGCAACGUUGAACACAUCCCAGCACAGGAUGCCUGCAAAUUGCUUGUACACACAAGCCGCCUGGUGCCUUACAGCCAAGAGCAUCUUGUCGUCAAACUGUGCCAACUAAUUCACCAGCUGCUAAACCAGUUACAGGUGAUUGUGGAUGAGCAGGCGCUGGACGAGCUUGUGUCGUACUGUACACGUGCUCUGCAAACAUGCAGCGUGUGGACACACUCAGAGCUGAUGCUGGCACUCUCCUCAGUGCUCUACGGCAAUGGAGGCAGGUGCCAACAGCACAUUCCAGGGCUCCUUGGGCAGACUGGCAUUCUUCUGAAGUAUGGUGACCCCAGUCAGAGUGAUGUUGAGCUCCGGCGCUGUGCUGUCCACUGCAUGGCCAACCUCUGCUUUGGUGUUUCAGGCUAUCCUUAUUUAGAGGACCUGUACAAAGGGGUGUGUUACAGAAGCUUCCUACAAACCCUUCAAUCACCAAAGCCACCCAAUGUAGAUGACAUGGUCUACUGUACGUUGUUGCAAACUGCCCUAAAGGGAAUACAUUAUUUUCUAAAUGGGGGGAAAUGGAAGUCAAGUACCGAUCAGGACCUAGGCUCACUACUAGCUGUACUGAAGAAAUUCAUGUUUUAUGGACUGCCAGGGAUAAAUGUGGAAAUGCCUCAGGUUCUAUACCCAGCACCACUUCCCCAAUAUGACACCAUGCCUGUAACCAAAGCUGAACCUUCCCAAGAUGUACCAGCACAGAAAAAAACACCAGCGAGUAAGAAGCGAAAGCCUCGUGGCAAAGGAAAGAAAACCAGAUCAGAAGAAAAGACAAAUGGAGGAGCUGAGGAGCGUGAGGAUGAUGAGCUGAGCUUGAGGCCACUGAGGAGUGGAGCAGGUGGUGAAUCAGGACGAGCAGAGGGCCACAACGUCUGGCCUCGGUCAUCUGCAGACCUCAGUUUACCUUUUCAGCCAGGAGCGACUCCUCAACUCUACCCCUCCUGGAAGAAAGGGAGCUCGGACUCUGAGUUCUCUGACCCUGAGGGGGGAAUGCAGUCUAAACUCAGGCUGUACCAGGCUCGUGUGCGCCAGAGCGCCCUGCAUUGCUUUUUAGCCUUAGUAAGAUGUGUGGACAAACGGGUCUUGUAUGGCUACUGGUCCUCCUUCAUUCCUGAUACUCCAGGCAUUGGAAGCCCUCCUUCUCUUACCCUUGUCACCAUUACUUUGAAAGACCCAUCUCCCAAGGUGCGUGCGGCAUCGCUACAGGUGCUGUCAGCUUUUCUAGAAGGUUCCCGUCAGUUUCUCUCGGUGGCUGAGGACACUGGGGCCCCUCGUCAAGCCUUUACACCUUUUUCUGCAACACUGGCUGCCAGCUUGAGAGAGCUGCACCGCUGCCUUCUGCUCGCGCUGCUGGCCGAGUCCUCCUCUCAGACCCUAACUCAGGUCAUAAAGUGCCUUGCCCACUUGGUGUCCAGCGUUCCUUACAAGCGCCUAAAGCCAGGACUGCUCAGCCCAGUGUGGAAACAAAUCCGCCCAUACAUCCGGCACAGAGAUGUAAACGUGCGUGUGUCCAGCCUUACUCUUUUGGGCGCGCUGCUCUCAGCACAGGCACCCCUCCCAGAGGUGCAGCUCCUUUUGCAGCAGCCUGGUUCAUCUUACCCUGGAGGCACCACUCCACAAGCUGGCUAUAGAGACCGUAAUGCCAACGUGUCCACUUCCAGUCCAGGCUUGGAGGGGACAGCGGAGACUCAGUGCUGGUUGCUGCAGGUGUGUGUGGCUCUGGUUACUCAGCCGCGAGAGGAGCCCUGCUCGGACAGUGACACGACCGCGUCAGCCCCCUCCCUGGAGCCUUCACCUGUCCGUCUUGAGGCACUACAGGUUCUUGCUCAUCUGGUGAAAGGGUACUUCUCUUUGGCACAAGCAUCUUUGUUGGAGUUGGGUCAGCUUAGUGCUUGCUGUCUCCGGGAACAGGACCCUUCUGUACAGCUACAUGGAGCUAAGCUGUUGGAGGAACUAGGUACUGGGAUUAUCCAGCAAUACAGAGCUGACGCCAACACCCCUGAGAGUGCCAGCCCUGUGCCCGUGUCCCAGGUGGUGCAGUUCUGGUCAGAGGUAUUGACUGGUCCACUGAUCGGAGCUUUACAGAACGAACAGCACCCGACCUUACAGACCAGCGCAUGUGACACGCUUUCCUCCAUCCUACCACAAGCCUUCAGCCAACUUCCCGACAAGACUCAGGUUCUUUGUAUUACAAUAUUGCUUGGGCUGACGUACAGCGAGAAUUCGUUGGUAAAGGCGGCGGCAGUCAGGGCACUGGGUGUCUACAUUCUUUUCCCCUGUCUUAGAGAGGACGUCAUGUUUGUGGCUGAUACUGCCAAUGCCAUUCUCACCGCCCUGGAUGAUCGCUCACCCAACGUUCGUGCCAAGGCUGCCUGGUCGCUAGGCAACCUCACAGACACACUCAUCGUGAACAUGGAGUCAGUCGGAUUGGAUUUUCAGGAGGAGCUCUCGGACAUGCUUCUUCUAAAGAUGCUCAGAUCUGCCACUCAAGCGUCCGGAGACAAGGACAGGGUAAAGAGUAACGCAGUGCGAUCUUUGGGGAAUCUUCUGCACUUUUUGCAGCCGGUACAUCUGAGUAAGCCUGCUUUUUUGCAGCCCCUAGAUGAGGCCAUGAUGGCGCUCAUAGACACAGCCAGAGGGGAUGCUACCAUGAAGGUGCGCUGGAAUGCCUGCUAUGCACUGGGCAAUGCUUUUCAAAACCCUGCCCUGCCUCUGGGCUCUGCAUGCUGGUCUAAAGAAGCAUACUCUGCUCUCUCGUCAAUCGUCACUUCCUGUAAGAACUUCAAAGUGCGUAUCAAAUCUGCCGCUGCCCUCUCCGUCCCUGCUGCCCGUGAGCGCUAUGGAAACACGCAGCAGUUUGCUGAAGUCUGGCAAGCCUUGGCACAAGCUCUCGAGCACAGUGAAGAAACUGAAGAUUUUCUUGAGUACCGCUACUGUGCCAGCUUGCGUGCUGAACUCUGCCAUGCUCUACUUCACCUCCUGUCCCUGUGCCAGUCCAGUGAUGUGUCAGCAAUUGGAGCUUCGCUGAGCGGCCAGUCGAGACCAGUGCUCCAGGGCUUUCUGGUUCACUACCUCACUGAUGUUUCUUUAGCUUCAGGACAUGAUGAUGACAGUGUGAUGAAUGCAGGAAGGCAGACUGAGCCUACUGACAGACUGAAAGUACUGGAUCAGACCCUGCACAGACUGAAGCAGCUGGAAAUGGAGAAUGGAGCUGAAAGUAAAUUUGAUCGUGCCACUAUAAACGGGUUUCUCAAAGAGGUUAUGAAGAGCUGUGAGGUGGUGAAAGCAUCAGAUGCAUUAGACACUGAACAGAUGAACAAGAAGUCACCUCAGUUUUUAUGAGACUGUCGUCAUGCCAAUAUGAUUUACAGAAAUUUAAACUACAUCAUAAACCACAUCUUUAUAUGAUUUACAGCAAAUUAACAGUCUACAAUUUAACAAACUACAUCAUAGACUGCAUUAUUCUUACAAUUAAUUUAUAAAUAUAUAAAACACAUUUGUCUAAGAUGUUUUUAAAAUGUUUUACAACUUUGUUUGAACUAAAUUGUAAAUUACGCUACCCUGCUACCACUGGGAUCCAAGGUUAGAAUCCCCAGCAGUGCUAUUGGCCAGUCAGGCUUCCACACACACGAUCACACUGGGGAAACCGAACCCAUCAUGAACCUGACCAGGGUAAAGCUAUGGUAGAAUAUGAAAAUGAAAUCAAAAUAUGUGUGAUGAGGGGACAUGAUCUUAUAUAUAAAAUAGUCAUAUUCACAA